AUGAAGAGAAAAACAAUUGAUUCAUAUUUUACUAAAGCAAAACCCCCUUUCGAAUUUGACAUCGGAAACUCAGACCCGAGCGAGACUACUGAACCUAAUAUUAAUGUCAAUCCUCAAAUAUCUACGCAAAUUCCUGAUGAAGAACCCACAAAUUCAUCUACAAUGCAAUCUAUGAUUAAUGUGGGAAACAAAACUUUAAUGCGUGAUCCUGCUUUGCGCAAGCCAAUUGAUAGUUACCCUUCAAAAGAGCAAGAAGAUAUUGUAAAUGCAUACAUUCAUUACGGGCCUUAUCGGUUUCCUCUCUCUGGGUAUCCUCCAUCUGGUCUAAUAAAUCAUCCACGCCGAUUCCAACACACAUGGUUUAAGAAAUUUAAUUGGCUAGAGUACUCCCCUACAAGUGAUGCUGCUUAUUGUUUCCCGUGCUUCCUUUAUCUAAAGGACCCAUUGGGAAAAUCAGGUUCAGAUGCUUUUACAGUACAGGGAUUUAAAAACUGGAAGAAGGUUGGGGGUAAAGAAUGUUCUUUUUCAACUCACAUGGGGAAAGAUACUAAUUCAGCUUAUGGAUAUUCAUCUUUAUGUUGGGAAAAUGCGAAGAAAACUGGUACUCAUAUUGACAAGGCAUUAGAAAAGCCAAAUCCACAAUUGAUUGAGAAUAAUCUUUUAAGAAUUAAAACUUCAAUUGAAAUAGUUCGGUGGCUUACAUUUCAAAAUUGUGCAUUUAGAGGACAUGAUGAAAGUUCAAAGUCAAAAAAUCAGGGGAACUUUUUAGAGAUGUUAAAACUCUUAGCAUAUUAUAAUAAGGAUGUACAUGAUGUUGUUAUGGGUAAUGCUCCUCAAAAUGCUAAAUAUACAUCUCCUGCUAUUCAAAAAGAGAUUUUACAAGUCUUCGCUGAUAAGGUGCAAAAAACCAUUCGUGAGGAGAUUGGUGAUUCAAAGUUUUGUAUAAUUGUUGAUGAAUCUCGAGACAUAUCUAAAAGAGAACAAAUGGCAAUUGUAAUAAGAUUUGUCGAUAGAAAUGGGUUCUUACUCGAGCGUUUUUUUGAGCUAGUACAUGUUAAAGAUACAACCUCCAAGACUUUGAAGGAAGAAAUUUCUAUAGUAUUAUCAAAUCACGAGUUGAGCAUUCAAAAUCUUAGAGGUCAAGGUUAUGAUGGUGCUAGUAAUAUGCGAGGAGAAUUGAAUGGUUUACAAGCUUUAUUCAUGAGAGAUUGUCCUUAUGCGUAUUAUGUACACUGUCUAGCACAUCAAUUACAAUUGGCUCUUAUUGCUGCAGCAAGAGAAGUAGGUGAGGUCCAUGAUUUUUUCAAAGAUUUGAUUUUUAUUGUUAACACUGUAAGCUCUUCUACUAAGCGUCAAUUGGAGCAUUUAAUUGAGAUCGAGGAGGUUGAAACAGGGAAAGGAUUGAAUCAAAUUGGUACUCUCCAACGUCCUGGGGAUACUAGGUGGAGCUCUCAUUUCAAGUCAAUUUGUAGUUUGUUAAGAAUGUUCGACGCAACUCGCUCAGUCCUUGAGAAAAUAGCCAUUGAUAGCCAACAAUCAUAUGCUCAAGGCGGAGAUGCUAAAUCUGCUCUUAAAAAGUUGUUGUCAUUUGAUUUUGUGUUUAUUUUACAAUUGAUGGAAGAUAUUAUGGGCUUUACUGAUGGACUUUGUCGGGCUUUGCAACAUAAAUCACAAGACAUUUUAAACGCUAUGCAUUUAGUUGUUGGUACAAAGUCCUUGAUUCAAAAGCUUAGAGAUGAUGGUUGGGAAUUGCUAUUACAAAAAGUUCAUUCUUUUUGCAACAAGCAUGGUACUGAAAUCAUAGAUAUGCAGGUUUCUUAUGCUGAAAUAAUUCGAUCACGUCGCAACAAAGACACUAUAACAGUGGAGCAUCAUUAUCGGGUCAACGUGUUUUCUGCAACCAUAGAUCAACAGUUGCAAGAGCUAAAUAGUCGUUUCAGUGAGCAAACAACGGAGUUACUUACUUUAAGUGCAUCUUUGAGUCCUAUUGAUGGAUACAAGCACUUUGAUGUGGAAAAUAUUUGUCGCCUUGCAGAGAAAUACUAUCCGCAGGACUUUUUAGAAAAUGAGAUAUCACAUUUGAAGUAUCAACUUGAACUCUUUUAUUGUGAUGUUCCUAAGCAUCCGGAUAUGAAGAACUUGAGUACCAUAACUGCUUUGUGUAGAAGUUUGGUGGAGAAUAGGAAAUCAGAUGUCUAUCCUUUAGUAGAUAGAUUGAUUCGACUUAUUUUGACCCUUCCUGUUAGCACAGCAACUUCAGAGAGAGCUUUCUCGGCAAUGAAAAUUGUGAAGACUAGUCUUCGAAACAAGAUGGAAGAUGAUUUUCUUUCGGAUUACUUGCUAGUGUAUAUAGAGAAAGAGAUUGCUGGAAAGUUUGAAAUUAAGUCAAUCAUAGAUGACUUUUAUUGUAUGAAACCUAGGAGAACUAGAGUUAAAUGA